ACCACACCCUGCACUGAAGUUAUGAUGCAGUUCAUGGGUAGCAUACUUUUGCCCUACAUUGCCACCGGGGCUCGUCUGCAGAGUUUAUUGUGCACAGAGUUUAUUGUGGACAGAACAUCUGCUGAACGCAGGACACCUCUCUGGAGAAAGAGAUGGCAGAGAGUGGAGCAUUAGGUGAACUACCUCAGAGGCGUGCUGGGGUGAAGGAACAAGAAAAUGGAGAGAUGGCAGACUCUGAGCUGGUCAGGGAUGAGAGGAAACAAAAGGACCAAGAGGAGCGUGAGAGUCUGGUGUUGUGGAAGAAUCCUUUCCUAACACUGUACUUCUUCAUCCUGGAGCUGCUCAUCAUGCUAAAAGAGUGGAUGUCGAGGCUCUGGCAGCAAAGACAGACUGUGUUUGGCCUGCUGAUCCUGCUUGUCCUCUUCUUCAUUGCCUACUGUGUUGAAGGAACGCAUCAGAAGUAUGUGCACUACAUGGAGAAGAAGACGCUGUGGUGCGCCUACUGGGUCGGUCUGGGCAUCCUCUCCUCAGUGGGUCUUGGCACUGGCCUGCACACCUUCCUCCUCUACCUGGGACCACACAUAGCAUCGGUGACCUUGGCGGCCUAUGAAUGUGGCUCUGUGGAUUUCCCCGAGCCACCCUAUCCAGACCAAAUAGUCUGUCCCCAGCAGGAAGCACAGGCACCAGGCCCUGAUGCAGAGCGUGUGGGCGUGGAGGCAGCGGGGGCUGAUGGGUUGGUGGGGUCAGCAGCUGUCCAGGGAAGCAUCUCUCUCUGGACCAUCAUCUCAAAAGUCCGGUUGGAGGCUUGCAUGUGGGGUGCAGGUACAGCUAUAGGAGAGCUACCUCCUUACUUCAUGGCUCGGGCUGCGCGGCUGUCUGGUGCAGACCCUGAUGACGAGGACUACCAGAGGUUUGAGGAGAUGCUGGAUGAGACCCAGUCUGCUCAGGACUUUGCCACCCGAGCAAAAGUAGCCGUGCAGAAACUCAUCCAGAGGGUGGGCUUCUUUGGAAUUUUAGCCUGUGCUUCUAUUCCAAACCCCUUAUUUGACCUGGCAGGGAUAACAUGCGGACAUUUUUUGGUUCCCUUUUGGACUUUUUUUGGCGCAACACUCAUUGGAAAAGCAGUCAUCAAAAUGCACAUUCAGAAACUGUUUGUGAUCGUCACCUUCAGCAGGCACAUAGUGGAGCAGAUGGUCUCCCUCAUCGGAUCUGUUCCUCUGCUGGGUGCGGCACUGCAGAAGCCCUUCAGGGAGUACUUGGAGGCCCAGAAGGCCAAGCUGCACCAUCACGCCAGAGAGGGGAUCCCGACUGAGGAGAGCUGGCUGUCGUGGCUCUUCGAGAAGGUUGUGGUCAUCAUGGUAUGCUUCUUUGUCUGCUCCAUUGUCAACUCCAUGGCGCAGAGCUACGCCAAGCGCAAGCAGCAGGAGAAGUACUCGGAGGGGAAGACAGAGUGAAGGCCGGCACGCAAUCAGAGCAAACUUCCUCAACCUCCCAUCGGUCCUCUCCUCCUCAGCUUUAUGUGAAGCUACGUAUCUGCCUCCAUCUCUCGGUUUCUCAUCUUGAUACUAUAGCAACAUGUUUCUGUUGAACUUGGACUUCCAAUUCACUUUGGGGUGUUUUUGAAGGCUUUGCAUUUGGUAGUGAUUUUCUGCGGUUGUUCUCUGUAAGGUAGGUGCUUGGUGGGGUGCGUGUGAGUACGCUGUUGUCUGUGUUGGUGUUUUUAGCAGCUUGUGAGCACGUGAGAAGAAGCUGCUGGCUGUAAUUCUCCACAGUGAGGCCUUAAGCUGCACUGUCUGCUCCAUAGAAGAACCUCAAAGUCUUAUAUGACUGUAGAGACUCUACAUAUGAAUAAGAUAGUUUUGUGUCUUUGAUUAUGUGAUGCUAUUUAUUCAAUAAGAUGUUUCUUUAUGAUCCUCACUUGCUUUAAUUCUGUAUUAAUGGCUGUACAGUGAAGAGUGUUACAGUACUGGCUAUGGUUAAAUCCAAUCCAUCUCAUUUCUACUUACUGUAGAGCCCUUAAGUCAGUAGUAGUAGUAGUAGUAGUGAUGGUAAUGGUUUUCCCAUGCUGUUCAUGGACCACUUCUUUGUGAGUGCAGUGUAACAAAAAGCUCAUCUUACUACUUUUUGGAUUUGAAAUGAUAAAUCGGCCAUGAAUCACCCUGCUGGUCCCUUUGUCUGCCCUUAUUGUUCUGCUUCCAGGAAGAGAGCACAUGAGUCAGCCCGGGGGCUACUUUACCAGAUGCAGCCAUAUAUUGAAUCAGUUCUCCGACCUUGUGAGUGUGUGUACGUGUGUACGUGUGUUUGUGAGUGAGGCUGGGAUAGUAGGCUGCGUGGCUGCCACAUUUGUUUCCCUCCCUUUUAUCUUUUUAUGGAUUAAAGCAGAUUGUGCUUCGGUGAUAGACUUCAGUGGGAGUCUGCCUGGAAGUCGUAGGAUAGCAAAUAGUGGCUGUUCGUAACUUGGACAGACUGUGACAUGCUUUUCUUUGUCUUCAGUUUCAAUCAAGGUUUUUUUUUAUCCUUUUUUUACCCAAUAAGGAUAGCAAGCUAAUGUUUGACAUCACAUGACCCUCCCUUAAAGCAGAACUCUUAAUUUUACAUAACCACGCUUCCUUUCUCUGGUUAGCGUCAGCUUUCUCUCGAUAUAUCUUCUCCUGUUUUUGUAAAUUACCAGAGAAAUGUGCUAUUUUCUCCCUCUCAGUACCGCCGCUGUGCUACGCUGGACUGAGCACAGUGGGCGCUAGAGCAGGCACACAGGCAGGAGGGAGGGAGGGAGGGAGGGAGAGAGAGAGAGAGAGAAAAAAAACCCUCAAGCGCAGCACAGUGAAAAGCGUCUGUGCCGUUACCUCAGCUGAACCUUCGAAUGAACUCGUUGCACUGCCCCAGUCACGGAGCCAGGAGACGAAUCACUCGAGUAGAUUCAAAACAGAGGGGUACUGUUGAGCGGGCUGAACCCUGCGCUCUGCACCAGCUCUAGUCAGAACAUUUUACACCUCCUCUUUUCUCUCCUCUCAUGGUAAGUCGGAUUAGGAUCCUUUUUUUCUUUAUUUCAUUGUUGUCUGUACAUGCGUUCGUCACUCUCUCGGCCUGUCAAA